CGCCUUACGUGGAGUGUCGACUUGGUGGAUCGCUGGAUUCGCUGGACGUUGAUUUGAUUGGCAGUAGAAAUCAGAAAUUGGUUUGAAUUAAAACGCCGGCUGAUGCACAUAUAUUACAACAUACUUAGUUUUAUUGAUAACAGGCAGUGCAGGGAAUCCCAGUGCUAAGAAGAGUUGUACUUCGUGACGCUGCUGGGCCUUUAUGCGGCAACAACUUCAUUUUGGCUGCUGAAGUACGCUUGAAGAAAAAUGGGUGACGAAAGUCCACAGCUAGAUCCAUCGGUAGAUAAAAAAAAUUUCACACCAAGGCCUUACCAAAUCCAACUGUACCAACAGGCAAGUCGAGAAAACAGCAUAAUUUAUUUACCGACCGGUACUGGAAAAACUUUCAUUGCAGUACUGUUGAUAAAGCACAUGAGUGGCGAUGUCAUUGAAGAUUACCGCAAAAGUGGAAAAAGAACUAUAUUCAUUGUCAAUACUGUGACUCUGGUACAUCAACAAUCCGCAUUUCUCAAUCGUCAUACAGGCUUAGUAUGCAAAGGGUAUAGUGGAGAUAUGCAGGUAGAUUUUUGGAUGAAAGAACAAUGGUAUGAAGAAUUAUAUAAUAAUCAGGUGCUGGUAAUGACAGCUCAAAUUUUUGUAAACAUCUUGUUAACAGGUGUAAUGUCUUUGAAAAAAGUCAACUUGCUUAUUUUCGAUGAGUGUCAUCGGGCUGUAAAAGAUCAUCCUAUGCGGCAAAUUAUGCAGAUGUUUGAAAAACACCAUAAAGAUGAACUACCAAGAGUAUUAGCGAUGUCCGCCAGCUUACUAAAUUCUAAUGUUAAGUUACAGCAUGUUGAUGUUUAUGUUAAGGAUUUGGAAGCAACGUUUCAUUCGAAAGUAACCACUGUUGAAUCACUUGAACAAGUUUCCAACUUUGCGACUAAUCCUCAUGAAAGAAUCGUAUACUAUGAAUCACCCCCAGAAAUAGAUAUUCCUGGCAUUAAAUAUAUUAUGGAUACAGCAAAAGUAGUUCUUGAAAAUUUAGAUAUCCCCAAUAAAUCCAGAAAUUUAGCAAGUAGCCAUGUUUUCUCUCCACAAUCAAAGACAGUGAAAUUGAGUAAUUUACUAACUGAUGUUAUUGAUCACAUCAAAGAAAUGGGGCUUUAUGGUGGAAACAUAAGUAUCUUGUACCAUUUAAUACAAUGUGAACGUCUCAAACGAUACUCGGAUGACCAAAAAUUUAUAUAUAUCCUUGAUUUCAUUAUCACGCAAUUGUGUAAGAUCCAGAAGAUGAUUGGUGAUAAAUUAAAGAAUUUCAAAGGAAAAGAUUUGAUUUUAAGAUAUUCAACACCAAAAGUUAUUAAACUUGUCAGUAUUUUAAAAGAUUAUUAUUCAAGAAAUAACGAUAAAAAAUUUUGUUGUAUUAUUUUUGUCCAAAAAAGAUUCACUGCUAAAGUCCUGUACAAGAUACUACAAGAUCUAGGUAGCGCUGAUCUAGAAUCGAAAUUCAUUCUUCCUGAAUUUAUUGUGGGAUAUAACAACGAUCCCUACAAAAAUCCAGGAGAGCUAGAGUGCCUUGCUAGGUGGAAUAAGCAAGCAUUGGCUCGAUUUAGAAGUGGAAUUAAAAACUGUCUUGUAGCCACCGAUGUUGUUGAUGAGGGUGUUGACAUUCCUUCCUGUACUUUAGUGAUUCGUUAUUACGCGCCAAUGGAUUUUCGAGCUUACAUCCAAAGUAAAGGUAGAGCUCGACACAGUACCAGUCACUUUAUUAUUCUAGCAGAGAAUCAAAAAGAUUAUGAUAGCCGUUACAACAAUUAUGUACAAACUGAAAACUUUUUGCGUCGGAUGUUACAUGGAAAUACUGAUGCCCGUUCCCAACCCUCAGCAGAGGAAAUAGCAGCCGUACUCUAUGACUACAAUAUUCCACCAUAUAGAAUAAGAAAAAAAGAUGGUUCAAUGAGCAUUAUUACAGAACAGUCAUCCAUACAACUUGUAAACAGUUACUGCGCAUCUUUAUUAAAAUCGCAAUUUAUCAUGCUGAGCCCUGCAUGGGUCUUAAAGUCUAGAAACACCACCAAAAUUUCAGAAGAUUGCAAAGAGUAUAGCGUUGAAAUAACUUUACCACCAGUAUCACCUUUGAAAGAAACAAUAUGUGGUGAUUAUAUGGAAUCAAUCGAUCUUGCCAAAAGAUCAGCCGCAAUGAAAACAUGUAUAAGAUUGUAUGAAAUAGGAGAACUGACGGAAAAUUUGCAGCCCAGGAGACCAGAGGAUGCAGUAGAAUCUGUGGACUAUUUAUUCCCAUACAUGAGAGAUGAAUUUAAAGACAAGGCUAACAUGCCCGGAACAAAAGGAAAAAAAAGACGCUAUUUUUUCAAAUACCCUGAAGCAUUGAAAGCUGCUUAUCCACAGGCUGGAAAAAAACAAUAUUUGCAUGUACUAAAAAUGAAACCUAUGUAUGCUCAGCCAAUGGACAAUCGGCAUAACGCAUUUUAUAAACUACUGAAGAAUGAUGACACAUUUGCUAUUUUAUCAUCAAAACGUAUGCCAGAAAUGUUCUCUUUUCCAAUAUUUUUGAAUGUUGGAGAAAUAGAAGUUUCAGUCGUCACAAACAAACAGUAUCAACUGCCUCUAACACAUAACGAGAUAGAGUCACUAAAAUGCUUCCAAUACACGAUUUUUGAAAAAAUCAUUGAAAAUGGAAAAAAUUUUUUACAUUUUGACCAAGGCGCAGGGGAUUACAGUUUUUUACUUGUUCCAAUAAAUGAGAGUGAAACUAUUGACUGGGGAGUCGUUAAUACAGUUGUGACAGAAGUAAAUUGCUGUUAUUCUGGAAAAAUUAAAUCUGUCAGUUCUGAUUUGCCAAUGGUCUUAAAAAAUUCUAUUUAUGAUUCAGCACUUAUCUUCCCAAAGUAUAGGAAUCCUAUUAUAUACAUCGUUACAGAAGUUUGCAUAGAUAAAAAGGCAGAAUCUCCCUUUCCUCAAGACAACUAUACUACUUAUGUAAACUAUUAUCGAGAAAAACACCAAAUUCAUAUAAAAUAUCCAAAACAGCCCUUAUUGGAGGUGAAACAAAUUUCAAAGAAGAUAAAUUGCAUCAAACCAAGGGCGAUAAAACCAAAUUCAACCCGUAAAAAACGAGCAUAUGAAACUGAAGAUUUUGAAGAGCACAUGGUGCCUGAAUUAUGUGAAAGAUACGAAUUUCCAUCAGUUUAUUGGCUCAAAGCCACAACUCUGCCAUCUAUUUUACACAGAAUCAGUCAAUGGCUGAUCGCAGAAGAACUGCGGAAUGAAAUAGCAGCAUACAUGUACCCGCUUAUACAAAAUCCAAGUCCCAACCAUAAAUGGGAACCAUUAAAAGUGGACGAAACUUCUAAUAUAUUUGAAAAAAAAGAGAAGCGUUAUGAUGUUGAUGAUGAUGAUGAUGAUGAUUAUGGUGAUGAUGACGAUGAUGUCGAUGAUAAGAAUGUAAAUGGUAGUGAUCGAAAUGGUCAAGUGCCAAAGUUAACAAACGUGGAAUUGGGAUAUGCAAUUAUAAAUCAAGAAAUGGGCUCGACUGGAAAGGAAUUACUAGAUAUUGAAAGAUAUCCAGAAAAUGCCAAUAUUUUAUCUAUUGAAGAAGAAAAAAAAAUUUUCACGUCUUUGGUAAAAGACCUUUCUGAAGUAAAAAUUCAAGAAAAAGCAAAAAAAGAAACUAACAGAAAACAUUUCAACGUGCCUGUACCGCCAUUAAAAAUGCUUAGAUCUGUUAAUAAACAUGGUCCUAGUCCCGUUGACAUAAUGAAAAGUCUAACGGCCAAAAUGAGUAAUGAUUUUUUUGACUUGGAACGUUCAGAAACUUUGGGUGACUCAUUCUUGAAAUAUGCAGUGUCGCUCUAUUUGUUUCAAAACUAUCCUAAUUUUGGUGAAGGGUCAAUGACUUACCUCAAAGGAAAGUUGGUGGGAAACUUAAAUCUAUAUUAUUGCGGUGAAAAUAAAAAAUUAGGAGGGCGCAUGAAAAUCGAAGACUUUGUACCGUCUACCUCACCAAUUCCAGCAUUUGUUAUACCCAAUGAAAUAAAAAAACGCGUAUACGAGGAAGAGAUUGCUAGCAGUGUAUUAUAUGAAAUGUCAAUUCCCAAAACACAGCAAAUUACGGGGUGUAUAUCAGCUGAUACAGUUAGAACUAUGCAUGAAAAAAUUGAUAAGUGGAAAAAAGCUACUUCUAUUUCUGGCAUGGAACAUUAUUUCGGAUUUCAAGUAGUGUCUGAUAAAACAGUUUCUGACUGUGUUGAGGCUUUAAUCGGCACAUAUUUACUUAAUUUGGGUAUACCGGGAGCAUUAAAAAUUUUAAUGUGGUUUAACAUCUUACCACAAAACCUUGAUGAGGAAAAAUAUUUGCACCCUACUGUUCCAGAUCCCCGUUUGGGUCUUGGAAAUGUUAACGAACAUCUGCCGUUAGCUGAUAAAAUAGAAAAAAAUCUAGGGUACAAAUUUAAUAAUCGAGCCUUUUUACUGCAGUCAUUAAACUUAUUCACUGCUAAAGUCCUGUACAAGAUACUACAAGAUCUAGAUUUUCUUCUGACUGUGCAUAUUUUCGAAACAUGUGGUAAUUUAUCGCCUGGUGAAUUGACGGAUUUGAGAUCAGCUCUCGUAAAUAAUAUUACGUUUGCCUGCUUGGCAGUUAAAUAUGAACUCCAUGCGUCAAUGUUGAUGCAUGCACCCAAGAUGUUCGACCUAAUGGAUCGUUUUAUUCGUUUUCAAGAAGCAAGAAACUACGCUGUUGAUGAUGAGUUGUUGUGGGUACUUUUAGAAGAAGAAGACUGUAAUAUGUCAGAACAUGUGGAUGUACCAAAAGUCCUGGGGGAUAUUUUUGAAUCUGUGAUUGGAGCAAUUUUGUUAGACUGCAAUAUGAAUUUAACAGUAGUUUGGCAAGUGAUAUAUCGUUUGAUGAAAUCCGAAAUCGAUUUAUUUAGCCAGAAAGUUCCAAAGCAACCAAUUCGAGUUAUAUAUGAAACAACAGGGGCAAAUCCAGUCUUUUCGAAAGGUCAAAUAAUGAAAGGAACGGAUGCGAUCAUGAUUACGUUAACUAUUAUUUCUAAUGGAGAAAAGAAACGUUUCCAUGGUUUUGGUAGCACAAAAAAGUUGGCUCAAUGUGCUGCCGCUAAGCAAGCGCUUAAAUAUUUGCGAUAUAGAAAAUAAUUUUCUAUUUAAGCUGGUGCAUAUUAAUGUUAUAGAAAUAGAAAGGUUUGAAGACUGAUCUAUUUAAUACAUGAUUGAAUAAUUUUCUAAGAAAACUUUGUUAACUAAUACAUUUCGUGCCUAUAAUGAUGUUGAUUGAAUAACUAUCUUCGACGCUUCUCAAUAAUAAGUCUCUUAAGAAGUGGAAGAUAUAACAUCUUCUGCUUCCACUGCACCCACUCAGACAAAAA